GGGUGACGGAGCGUCUCCCUCCCUUCCAGAGGCGCAUCCAGCCCGAGGAGAUGUGGCUCUACCGGAAUCCGUACGUGGAAGCGGAGUAUUUCCCGACCAGGCCGGUGCUUGUCGUCGCGUUUCUCUGUCCGCUGUCUCUGAUCUUCCUGGCCAGAGUUCUCAAGAAGGCAGACUCAACAGACAGCAGACACGCCUGCCUGGCUGCCAGCCUUGCCCUGGCUCUGAACGGCAUCUUUACCAACACAAUAAAGCUGAUAGUGGGCAGGCCACGCCCAGAUUUCUUCUACCGCUGCUUCCCGGAUGGGCUGGCCCAUUCUGACUUGAUGUGCACAGGGGACAGAGACGUGGUGGACGAGGGCCGCAAGAGUUUCCCUAGUGGACAUUCUUCCUUUGCAUUUGCUGGUUUGGCCUUUGCUUCCUUCUACCUGGCUGGGAAGUUACAUUGCUUCGCACCACAAGGCCGUGGGAAAUCCUGGAGGCUCUGUGCCUUUCUAUCGCCUCUACUUUUUGCUACUGUGAUUGCACUAUCCCGCACCUGUGACUAUAAGCAUCACUGGCAAGAUGUACUUGUUGGAUCCAUGAUUGGAAUAACGCUUGCCUAUGUCUGCUACAGGCAAUAUUAUCCUCCUCUAACUGAUGCAGAAUGCCAUAAACCAUUUCAGGACAGAUUUGCACUUGCCACUCAACAGAAGAAGCCUGGUGAUUCUUAUUGUUUUGAUAUUUAAAAGUUGAAUCUACCUCAGUGGAGAAUAGGUGAAUUAGUCUAGUCCUUUUAACUGGACCAUGCACAAGACAAGAAUUUCUGGACCUUCAGCCCCUUCCAAGGUACAAGUGAGGACAUAAGCCCCACUGUAUUCUGCCUCCAUAUGAUCAUGCAGUUUGCCUCUGCUCACGUGGAUUUAUCAUGAGGAGUCAAGGUUCUUUUCCAUUACUGUAUGCCACAUGUUCUGGUAAAAGGAUCUUUCAAUGGUCCUCCAACAGAGCUUAUGAAUCUGGUCCAUCACACUGGUGUCCCAAGAUCUACAAUGUUUUUACAUUUAAUUUAAAUGCUGUCCGUGGAAGGAUCUUGUCACAGCGAAGCCUUUAGAUAGCCCCACUUUAUCCUCAAAGCUGGAGUUCAUUAUCAAAACUUAAUUUCCAUUUCCUGUAGCUUAAAAUCUAGGGCAUGACCAAAUAAAUUACUUCGAUUCUGUUUACUUUCUCUGGUGACAAUUCCAUCAAGCCUUAAACAGGAAAAUGUCCAACUUUGGCUAAUUCAUCGCUGUUAACGCUAUCUUAUCUGAGUCCAGCCAUCUGGUAUUGCUAUCCACUUUGAACACUGUGGGCAUAAACAAUUUGUUGAAUUAGUAAGUGAACACACACACAAAAAAGAAAAUGGUCAGGAGUGGUUUCAGCACUAACAACAGAUGACUGUUUCUACUUCAUUUGUCCUCAGCUGUGCUCAUGAGAUUCCUUCCUUUCAUUCAAGAUUGAAGAUCUGCCCAAGUGCAUCAACUCUACCAACUGACUUAGGCAGGAAAGAAAAAUCACAGAUAUCAUUAUCUGGAAAAUGAAUCUUUUACUGUCCCUUCUUCACAACAGAAUAUAUGGAACACUUACUUACGGAUACCAUCAGAACCAAUGCCCUGGGACCUACAGCUACCCUUCUCUUUAUUGUGAUUAUACUUGAAAUAUGACCUCUUACAUAUAUCUUCCUAUAUUUUCAGUAUAUCUUUUUUCUUCAGUAAACCUGAUAUUCAAGUAAAA